CUUACUAUAGACAUGUUACUCUCCUAUCUUUUACCCAUAAAAAAUGCUGUCCGUACCUCUGAAAAACCCUAAUUCACAAAAUUCGCAAAAUCAAAUGAAUUCGGCACCGCUCUAAUCCUUUUCUUCUCUAUCCCGACUGAAUCAUGUAAGCUACCAUAAUCUCUUGGUCAAACCUGCUUAGGCACAAUGCUUAAGACUGAUGGUUUUUAUUUCUCUGAGAGCUGGUAGAUACAUCCAUCGAUUUUGGGGUAAAUGCACUCUAUCCCUUGACAGUUUUUGUGUAUUUGUUUAUCCAGUAACUUGUAGCAGUAUGAUGGAAAUCAAAGUAAAAGAUGGUUCUAGUUUGUGUACUCUUGUACCUGAUGGAGAACCCCAUAUAAUGCAAUCCGUGUCUGUAAGUGAGGACCAUAGGUGCUCAUCUAUAAGCGUGAAAUCUACUCCUGAAAUAGAAAAGAAGUACGUCCAUCGUGUUUAUGAUGCUAUUGCCCCCCAUUUUAGUUCCACCCGUUUUGCUAAGUGGCCAAAGGUUGCUGCUUUCUUGGAAUCUUUGCCUACCGGCUCUCUUAUCUUGGAUGCAGGAUGUGGAAAUGGGAAAUAUCUGGGUUUAACUCCCAGCUGCUAUUUUAUAGGAUGUGAUAUAAGUGCCCCUCUUAUCAAAAUAUGUGCAGAUAAAGGGCAUGAAGUUUUGGUUGCAGAUGCUGUUAAUCUUCCUUACAGAACAAAUUUUGGUGAUGCAGCAAUCUCUAUUGCCAUGUUACAUCACUUAAGUACAGAGGAUAGGAGAAAGAAAGCCAUUGAAGAAUUAGUCCGGGUGGUCAAAAAGGGUGGCCUAGUUCUAAUAACCGUUUGGGCUGUAGAACAAGAGGAUAAGUCAUUACUUACCAAAUGGACUCCACUUGCUGAAAAGUAUGUGGAAGAGUGGAUAGGACCAGGUAGUCCUCGUGUUCGUGGGCCAUCACCCUUCACUUUAGAAAGCAUUCCUGAAACUGAGGAAAAUGGUUCACAAGCACAUGCUAAAGAUUCUAAUGAUAGUUUAACUGAGAAUAUGCAACAAUCAAUGUGUUUAACCCCUCAAAAUGAAGAUGAUGUAUUGGUUUCUAAACACAGAAUGAGUCAACAGGAAUAUUUUGUCCCUUGGCACUUACCUUAUCAUCGUGCUGAAGUUAGUGGUGCUUCUGCCGGUGCUCUUGCAAAUGGUCUGGCAAGGAAAGAUGAUAAGAAGGGUGCUGUAGUGUAUGACAGAUAUUACCAUGUGUUUGGUGAAGGUGAGCUUGAAAGGUUGGUAUCUGGAAUGGAUAAUGCUGUGAUCGUCAAUAAGUUUUAUGACAAAUCAAACUGGUGUAUCAUUCUUGAGAAAACUUUAUAGGGGUAAAGACUUGCAUUACUUCAAUGGAUCUUAGUGGAAUUAGAAUCGAAGAAAGUUUGUUGUUGCGGCUUUUUAGGGACAGCCUAUGCACACUCUUCAUGGUUGAAUUGGAUUUUACACAUUUGUGGACUGAGAUUAAAAAGUUCCCGGCUAAUGAUACUUUACCAUCUCUUAAUUAGUUACAAAGGUGCUUAAUCAAUGUGGUAAAAGAUGGACUUGGGAGAGCGGCCAAACAUAUGGAUUGCUCAACCCUUUUAACUAUGUACAAUGAGUUGGUAUUACCAGAGUAUGUACUUCUCUUCUAAAUGAGGCACAUUGGCGAAGAAUUCUGUUUACAGAUUUUUUUUGGAUAAGUUCUGUUUACAGGUUUUUGAUUGUGACUUGUGAGUUUAUGGUUCAUCCUGGAUCGAGGUUGUCAGUUGUUCAUCUGUUGUCCAUGUGAAUUGAGAAUGCAUUAAAUAAAUAAGAAACCAGCAACUGCUACCGCUUGUGAGUUACGAUAUGUAAUUGUUUCC